AUGAUCGAUUUUUGGAGGUUCAAUUCGCUGUUCGCUAUGGAACUUGAAAAAUGCCAACCCGCUAGUGCAUCGACAAGCAAAAAUUCGACCAUCUACAGAGGCUUGGAAGGCUUUGUCGCUGCGAUAUCACCCUUCAACUUCACCGCGAUCGGUGGUAACAUGUGCACCUGCCCGGCGAUUAUGGGCAACACUGUCGUUUGGAAGCCUGCACGGACUGCUUUGUUGAGCAAUUACGUAGCCUUUAAAAUUUUACGAGAAGCGGGUCUGCCUCCUGGCGUCAUCAACUUCAUUCCCACGAACGGUCCAGCGUUCGGAAAUUCAGUCAUUCCAUCGCCGCAUCUGGCGGGCAUCAGUUUUGUCGGCAGUCUUCCGCUCUUCCAAGAUUUGUGGAAGCAAGUAGGCGCAAACAUCGAGAGCUACAUCAACUUCCCGAGGUUGUCCGGUGAAUGCGGCGGUAAGAACUUUCACUUCGUUCACCCGUCGGCCGACAUGGAUACGGUAGCCGCUUGUACCAUUCGUUCUGCGUUCGAAUACCAGGGACAGAAGUGUUCGGCAUGUUCCCGACUGUACGUACCGCAGAGUGUAUGGCCUACCCUGAGGACGAAACUGCUGAAGAUUCGUGACGAAAUCAAAAUGGGCGACGUAAGCUGAAU